AUGCUGAAAACGCCGGUCCUCAUCGCCCAUCGCGCGUUCAUCGAACGGACACCGCCAGCAGAACAGCACCCUCUCCUCGACUCCGUAGCGCAGCUUCUUCCGGCAUCAACACGAGAGACGUUCCUCGGCCAGAUGGGCCAUUUUGGCGGCCACAAAGUCGUCGACAUCAUGCAGACCAACUCGUUCCAGAUGGACCUCGGCGGGGGAGCUCAAGGCGACGGCCACCAUUACGGCAACUACCCCGAGGUGUCACGGUACAACCACGACUGCCGGCCCAACGUCGCCUUCCACAUCGGCGCCGAUGGACGUCACAGGACGACGGUCGUGCGGCCGGUGAAGUCGGGCGAGGAGCUCACGAUAUCGUACCUCGACCAGCUGGGCGUGCGGUCCGAGAGACAACACCGCGCGAAGCUGGCGUGGGGAUUCGAGUGCGGGUGCUCGCAGUGCAGUCUGGCGAAGAAGCAGGCGGCGGCGUCUGAUCAGCGGUUGAUGGAUAUCCAGGAAAUUGAUAGGAAGCUUUCGGAUAUCAACGCCAGGGUGACGACCGCGCUCAUUGAGAAGUUUCUGAAGCUGCACAAGGAGGAGAGGCUAGAGUCGAAGCUCGCGGGCGCCUAUACCAUCGCAGCGCUCAAUUUCAACCUGCUCGGGCAUGCGAAGCAGUCCGUCAAGUAUGCAAAGCUGGCUGUGGAGGCAGGUUUAAUGGAGAAUGGGCCAGGGACGGCAGAUGUUGAGGCGAUGCAAAAGCUCGCAGCUGAUCCCAAACGGCACUUUACAUGGAGGGGAAGGGUAAAAUAA